UGCGGCAACAACAAACGGAGCCGUGCCCACAACAACCACAGCUGCUCCCACAACAACCACAGCUGCUCCCACAACAACCAAAGAUUUAACAACGACAACUACAGCUGGGGCAACAAUCACAGCCGUCCUCACAACAACCCCAGCUGCUGCCACAUCAACGACUGGGGCUACAACAACUUCAGCAGUCCCCACAACAAUUCCAGCUGCCACAGAAACAACCACAGAUUCCCCCAUAGCAACCACAUCUGCUGCUAUGACAACAGCAACUGCUGUUAUGACAACCACAACCGCCCCCACAACAACCGCAGAUGCUCCCACAACUACAGCUGACAAAACAACAACCACAUCAGCAGCCACAAAAACAAACAAAGCUGCGGCAACGUCAACUACAGCUACGUCUACAGCAACAACAGCUGCAACCAUAACAGCCACAGCUGCUAUGACAAAAGCUGCUCCUACAACAACGACAGCUUUACCAACGACUAAUACUUCUGCGACGACAACAACCAUAGCUGCUCCCACAACAGCCACAGCUGCUCCCACAAUAACCACAGAGGCACCAACAACAUCUAAAGCAACCACAGCUGCUACAGCAGCUCCCACAACCUCAUCUGCUGCUACAUCAUCAACAGCUGCGGCUCCAACCACCACAGCCAUCCCCACAACAACCAUAGCUGCACUGACAAAAAAGAAUACAGCUGCAGCUACGACAACUACAGCUAUGUCUACAGCAACCACAGCUGCAUCCACAACAACCACAGCUGCUCCCACAACAAUUAUAACUGCUAUUACAACAGCUGCUCCUACAGUAACGACAGCUUUACCAACUACUAAUACUGAUGCGACGACAACAACCGCAACAGUCCCCCCAACAACCACCGCUGCUCAAACAACGACCACAGUUUCUCUAACAAACACCACAGCUGCUACCACAAGUACCACAGAGGCACCAACGGCAACUACUUCUGGAGCAACAAUCACAGACGUCCCCACAACAACCACAGCUGAUUCCACAACAAUCACAGCUGCUCCCACAACAAACACAACUGUGCCCAAAUCAACCACGGCUCCUCCAACAAUAACUACAGCUGCUCCCACAACAACCACAGAUGUACCAACGACAAAUAAAGCAGGGGCAACAAUCACAGCCGUCCUCACAACAACCACAUCUGCUGCCACAUCAACAGCUGUGACUACAAUAACUACAGACGUCCCCACAACAAUCCCAGUUGCGGCAAAAACAACCACAUCUUUCCCCAUAACAACCACAUCUGCUCCUACAGCAACGACAGCUUUAUCAACGACUAAUACUGCUGAAACGACAACAGCUGCUCCCACAACAACCACAGCUGCCACCACAACAACCAGAUCAGCACCAAUGACAUCUAAAGAUGGGGCUACACCAACCACAGCUGUCCCCACAACAACCACAACUACUACAGCAGCUCCCACAACCACAGCUGCAUCUAAAACAACAGUCGCUGCGACCACAACAAUUACAGUUGUGCCGGCGACAACCACAGCUUCCGCUACAACAACCACAGCUGCUCCCACAACAACUGCUGACACCACAAAACACACAUCAGCACCAACAACAUCUACAGCUGAGGCUACAACGACAACUACAACUGGGGAAACAAUCGCACCAUUCCUCACAACAACCACAGCUGAUUUAACAACAUCCACAGCUGAUGCCAAGACAAGCACAGCUGCCCUCACAACAACCACAGCUGCUCCCACAACAACCACAGCUGCAACCACAGCUGCUCCCACAACAACCAAAUAUUUAACAAUGACAGCUACAGCUGGGGAAACAAUCACAGCUGUCCUCACAACAACCACAGCUGCUGCCACAACAACUAUGGCCAUCCCCACAGCAAUCCCAGCUGCACCCACAACAAAUAAAGCUGCAAUUGCAACAACAACUAGAGCUGCACCUUCAAUAAGCACAGCUGCUCCCACAACAACCACAACUGCACCCACAACAACCACAUCUUCUCCCACAACAACAGCUGACACCACAACAACCACAUCAGCACCAACGACAUCUAAAGCAGGGGCUACAGCAACCACAGCUGUCCCCACAACAAUUACAGCUACUACAGCAGCUCACACAACCACAACUGCUGCUACAUUAACAACAGCUACGGCUACAACACCCACAACCAUCCACACAACAACCACAGCUGCUGCCACAUCAACAGCUGAGGCUACAACAACUAUGGCCAUCCCCACAGCCAUCCCAGCUACACCCACAACAACCAUAGCUGAUGCUAUGACAACAGCUGCAGCAACAACAACGGAAGCUGUACCCACAAUAACCACAACUGCUGCUACGACAACAAAAUAUUUACCAACGACUAAUAAUGCGGAGACGACAACAACCACAGCUGCACCCACAACAACCACAUUGGCUAUGGCAGCAACCAAACCUGCUGCCACAUCAACAGAUGUGGCUACGACAACUACAGCUGUGACUUCAACAACAGCUGCACUGAUAACAGCCACAGCUGCUCCCACAACAAACAUGGUGGCUGCUAUGACAACAGCUGCGGCAACAACAAGUGAAGCUGUACCCACAACAACCACAAAUGCUGUUACAACAACAAAAUAUUUCCCAACGACUAAUACUGCGGAGACGACAACAACCACAGCGGCACCCACAACAACCACAUUGUCUAUGGCAACAACCACACCUGCUGCCACAUCAACAGAUGUGGCUACGACAACUACAGCUGUGACUUCAACAACAACAGCUGCACCAAUAACAGCCACAGCUGCUCCCACAACAAACAUAGUGGCUGCUAUGACAACAGCUGCGGCAACAACAAGUGAAGCCGUACCCACAACAACCACAACAGCUCCUACAACAACAACAGUUUUACCAACGACUAAUCCUGGUGCAACGACAACAGACACAGCUGCUCCCACAACAACAACAACUGCUCCCACAACAACCACAGCUGCUGCCACAACAACCACAGCUGCACCCACAACAACCACAGCUGCUCCCACAACAACCAGAGCAGCACCAACAACAGCUAAAGCUGUGAUGGCAAUAACAACUAUAGCUGCAUCUUCAACAACCACAGCUGAUUCCAAAACAACAGCAGCUGCUCCCACAACAAACACAACUGUGCCCAAAUCAACCACGGCUCCUCCAACAAUAACUACAGCUGCUCCCACAACAACCACAGAUGUACCAACAACAAAUAAAGCAGGGACAACAAUCACAGCCGUCCUCACAACAACCACAUCUGCUGCCACAUCAACAGCUGUGACUACAAUAACUACAGACGUCCCCACAACAAUCCCAGUUGCGGCAAAAACAACCACAGCUUUCCCCAUAAAAACAACAUCUGCUCCUACAGCAACGACAGCUUUAUCAACGACUAAUACUGCUGAAACGACAACAGCUGCUCCCACAACAACCACAGCUGCUGCCACAACAACCAGAUCAGCACCAAUGACAUCUAAAGAUGGGGCUACACCAACCACAGCUGUCCCCACAACAACCACAACUACUACAGCAGCUCCCACAACCACAUCUGCUGCUAAAACAACAGUCGCUGCGACCACAACAAUUACAGUUGUGCCGGCGACAACCACAGCUGCCGCCACAACAACCACAGCUGCACCCACAACAACCACAUUGGCUAUGGCAACAACCACACCUGCUGCCACAUCAACAGAUGUGGCUACGACAACUAGAGCUGUGACUUCAACAACAGCUGCACCGAUAACAGCCACAGCUGCUCCCACAACAAACAUGGUGGCUGCUAUGACAACAGCUGCGGCAACAACAAGUGAAGCUGUACCCACAACAACCACAAAUGCUGUUACAACAACAAAAUAUUUCCCAACGACUAAUACUGCGGAGACGACAACAACCACAGCUGCACCCACAACAACCACAUUGGCUAUGGCAACAACCACACCUGCUGCCACAUCAACAGAUGUGGCUACGACAACUACAGCUGUGACUACAACAACCACAGCUGCUCCCACAACAAACACAACUUCUCUGACAAACACCAAAGCUGCAACCACAACAACCACAGAGGCACCAACGUCAACUACAGCUGGAGCAACAAUCACAAACAUCCCCACAACAACCACAGCUGCUCCCACAACAACCAUAGCUGAUGCUAUGACAACAGCUGCAGCAACAACAACUAAAGCCGUACCCACAACAACCACAACUGCUGCUACGACAACAAAAUAUCUACCAACGACUAAUAAUGCGGAGACGACAACAACCACAGCUGCACCCACAACAACCACAUUGGCUAUGGCAGCAACCAAACCUGCUGCCACAUCAACAGAUGUGGCUACGACAACUACAGCUGUGACUUCAACAACAGCUGCACCGAUAACAGCCACAGCUGCUCCCACAACAAACAUGGGGGCUGCUAUUAAAACAGCUGCGGCAAUAACAAGUGAAGCUGUACCCACAACAACCACAAAUGCUGCUACAACAACAAAACAUUUCCCAACGACUAAUACUGCGGAGACGACAACAACCACAGCUGCACCCACAACAACCACAUUGGCUAUGGCAACAACCACACCUGCUGCCACAUCAACAGAUGUGGCUACGACAACUACAGCUGUGACUACAACAACCACAGCUGCUCCCACAACAAACACAACUUCUCUGACAAACACCAAAGUUGCAACCACAACAACCACAGAGGCACCAACGGCAACUACAGCUGGAGCAACAAUCACAAACAUCCCCACAACAACCACAGCUGCUCCCACAACAACCAUAGCUGAUGCUAUGACAACAGCUGCAGCAACAACAACUGAAGCCGUACCCACAACAACCACAACAGCUCCUACAACAACGACAGCUUUACCAACGACUAAUACUGGUGCAACGACAACAGACACAGCUGCUCCCACAACAACCACAGCUGCUCCCACAACAACCACAGCUGCUCCCACAACAACCACAGCGGCUGCCACAACAACCACAGCUGCACCCACAACAACCACAGCUGCUCCCACAACAACCCGAUCAGCACCAACAACAGCUAAAGCUGUAAUGGCAAUAACAACUAUAGCUGCAUCUUCAACAACCACAGCUGAUUCCACAACAACAGCAGCUGCUCCCACAACAAACACAACUGUGCUCAAAUCAACCACGGCUCCUCCAUCAAUAACUACAGCUGCUCCCACAACAACCACAGAUGUACCAACGACAAAUAAAGCAGGGGCAACAAUCACAGCCGUCCUCACAACAACCACAUCUGCUGCCACAUCAACAGCUAUGACUACAAUAACUACAGACGUCCCCACAACAAUCCCAGUUGCGGCAAAAACAACCACAGCCUUCCCCAUAACAACCACAUCUGCAGCUACGACAACAACAGCUUCAGCUACAACAAUCACAGCUUCACCCACAACAACAAACACAGUUGCGGCUACGACAACAAACACAGUUGCGGGUACGACAACUACAGCUCUGCAUACAACAACCACAGCUGCACCUACAACAACAACAGCUGUCCACACAACAAACAUAGCUGCAAUGACAGCAGCUGCAGCAAAAACAACCGGAGCCAUGCCCACAACAACCACAACUGCUCCUACAACAACCACAGCUGCUCCAUCAAUAACCACAGAGUCACCAACAACAUCUAAAGCAGGGGUUACAACAACCACAGAUGCUACAGCAGCUCCCACAACCACAUCUGCCGCUACAUCAACAACAGCUGCGGCACCAACAACCACAGCCAUCCCCACAACAACCACAGCCGCACCCACAAAAACAAAUACAACUGCGGCUACGACAACUACGGCUAUGUCUACAGCAACCACAGCUGCACCCACAACAACCACAGCUGCUCCCACAACAAUCAAAGCUGCUUUGACAAUAGCUGCUCCUACAAGAACGACAACUUUACCAACUACUAAUACUGAUGCGACGACAACAACCACAGCUGCUCCCACAACAACCACAUUUUCACCCACAACAACCACAACUGCUCCCACAAUAACCACAGAUGCUGCCACAACAACCACAGCUGCACCCACAACAACCACAGCUGCUCCCACAACAACCAAAUCAGCACCAACAACAGCUAAAGCUAUGAUGGCAAUAACAACUAUAGCUGCAUCUUCAACAACCACAGCUGAUUCCACAACAACAGCAGCUGCUCCCACAACAAACACAACUGUGCCCAAAUCAACCACGGCUCCUCCAUCAAUAACUACAGCUGCUCCCACAACAACCACAGAUGUACCAACGACAAAUAAAGCAGGGGCAACAAUCACAGCCGUCCUCACAACAACCACAUCUGCUGCCACAUCAACAGCUGUGACUACAAUAACUACAAACGUCCCCACAACAAUCCCAGUUGCGGCAAAAACAACCACAGCUUUCCCCAUAACAACCACAUCUGCUGCUACGACAACAACAGCUUCAGCUACAACAAUCACAGCUUCACCCACAACAACAAAAACAGUUGCGGCUACGACAACAAACACAGUCAUCACCACAACAACAAAAGCCGCACCCACAAAAACAAAUACAACUGCGGCUACGACAACUACGGCUAUGUCUACAGCAACCACAGCUGCACCCACAACAACCACAGCUGCUCCCACAACAAUCAAAGCUGCUUUGACAAUAGCUGCUCCUACAAGAACGACAACUUUACCAACUACUAAUACUGAUGCGACGACAACAACCACAGCUUCUCCCACAACAACCACAGCUUCACCCACAACAACCACAACUGCUCCCACAAUAACCACAGAUGCACCAACAACAACUAAGGCUGGGGCAACAACCACAACCAUCCCCCCAACAACCACAGCUGCUCAAACAACAAACACAGCUUCUCUAACAAACACCACAGCUGCUACCACAACAACCACAGAGGCACCAAUGGCAACUACUGCUGGAGCAACAUUCACAGAUGUCCCCACAACAACCACAGCUGAAUUAACAACAUCCACAGCUGCUCUCACAACAACCAUAGCUGCUGCUAUGACAACAGCUGUGGCAUCAACAACGGAAGCCGUACCCACAAUAACCACAACUGCUCCUACAACAAAAGCAGCUUUACCAACGACUAAUACUGCUGAGACGACAACAACCACAGCUUCACCCACAACAACCACAUUGGCUAGAGCAUCAACCAAACAUGCUGCCACAUCAACAGCUGCGGCUACGACAACUGCAGUUGUGACUACAACAACAGCAGCACCCAUAACAGCCACUGUGCCCAAAUCAUAUACAGCUCCUCUGACAAUAACCACAGCUGCUCCAACAACAAAAUAUUUACCAACGACUAAUACUGUGGAGACGACAACAACAACAGCUGCACCCACAACAACCACAUUGGCUAUGGCAGCAACCACACCUGCUGCCACAUCAACAGAUGUGGCUACAACAACUACAGCUGUGACUUCAACAACAACAGCUUCACCGCUAACAGCCACAGCUGCUCCCACAACAAACAUAGUGGCUGCUAUGACAACAGCUGUGGCAACAACAAGUGAAGCUGUACCCACAACAACCACAAAUGCUGUUACAACAACAAAACAUUUCCCAAAGACUAAUACUGCGGAGACGACAACAACCACAGCUGCACCCACAACAACCACAUUGGCUAUGGCAACAACCACACCUGCUGCCACAUCAACAAAUGUGGCUACGACAACUAGAGCUGUGACUACAAUAACCACAGCUGCUCCCACAACAACCAAAGAUUUAAAAAUGACAGCUACAGCUGAAGAAACAAUCACAGCCGUCCUCACAACAACCACAGCUGCUGCCACAUCAACAGCUGGGGCUACAACAACUUUGGCCAUCCCCACAUCAAGCCCAGCUGCACCCACAACAAAUAAAGCUGUGAUUGCAACAACAACUACAGCUGCACCUUCUAUAAGUACAGCUGCUCCUACAACAACAAUAGCUGCACCCACAACAAUGACAGCUGCUCCCACAACAACAGCUGACACCACAACAACCACAUCAGCACCAACGACAUCUAAAGCAGGGGCUACAGCAACCACAUCUGUCCCCACAACAAUUACAGCUACUACAGCAGCUCACACAACCACAUCUGCUUCUACAUUAACAACAGCUACGGCUACAACAACUACAGCCAUCCACACAACAACCACAGCUGCACCCACAAAAACCACAGCUGCUCCCACAACAACCACAGCUGCUCCCACAUCAACCAUAGCUGCUGCUAUGACAACAGCUGUGGCAACAACAACAAAAGCCGUGCCCACAACAACCACAACUGAUCCUACAACAAUGACAGCUUUACAAAAGACUAAUACUGCUGCUCCGACAACAACCACAGCUGCUCCCACAACAAUCACAGCUGCAACCACAACAACCACAGUUCCGUCCAAAUCAAAUACAGCUCCUCUGACAAUAACCACAGCUGCUCCCACAACAACCACAAAUUUAAGAAUGACAGCUACAGCUGGGGUAAAAAUCACAGCCGUCCUCACAACAACCACAGCUGCUGCCACAUCAACAGCUGAGGCUACAACAACUAUGGCCAUCCCCACAACAAUCCCAGCUGCACCCACAACAAAUAAAUCUGCGAUUGCACCAACAACUACAGCUGCACCCACAACAACCACAGAUGCUCCCACAACAACCACAGCUGCUCCCACAGCAACCACAGCUGAACCCACAAAAACAAAUACAGCUGUGGUUAAGACAACUACAGCUAUGUCUACAACAACCACAGCUGCACCCACAACAACCAUAGCUGAUGCUGUGACAACAGCUGCAGCAACAACAACGGAAGCUGUACCCACAACAACCACAAAUGCUGUUACAACAACAAAAUAUUUACCAUUGACUAAUACUGCGGAGACGACAACAACCACAGCUGCACCCACAACAACCACAUUGGCUAUGGCAACAACCACACCUGCUGCCACAUCAACAGAUGUGGCUACGACAACUACAGCUGUGACUACACCAACCACAGCUGCUCCCACAACAAACACAGCUUCUGUGACAAAAAUCACAGCUGCAACCACAACAACCACAGAGGCACCAACGGCAACUACAGCUGGAACAACAAUCACAAACAUCCCCACAACAACCAUAGCUGAUGCUGUGACAACAGCUGCAGCAACAACAAUGGAAGAUGUACCCCCAACAACCACAAAUGCUGUUACAACAACAAAAUAUUUCCCAACGACUAAUACUGCGGAGACGACAACAACCACAGCUGCACCCACGACAACCACAUUGGCUAUGGCAACAACCACACUUGCUGCCAAAUCAACAGAUGUGGCUACGACAACUACAUCUGUGACUACAACAACCACAGCUGCUCCCACAACAAACACAGCUUCUCUGACAAACACCACAGCUGCAACCUCAACAACCACAGAGGCACCAACGGCAACAACAGCUGGAGUAACAAUCACAAACAUCCCCACAACAACCACAGCUGCUCCCACAACAACCAUAGCUGAUUCUAUGACAACAGCUGCAGCAACAACAACGGAAGCUGUACCCACAAUAACCACAACUGCUGCUACAACAGCAAAAUAUUUACCAACGACUAAUACUGCGGAGACGACAACAACCACACCUGCUGCCACAUCAACAGAUGUUGCUACGACAACUACAGCUGUGACUACAACAACAACAGCUGCACCCAAAACAGCCACAGCUGCUCCCACAACAAACAUAGUGGCUGCUAUGACAACAGCUGUGGCAACAACAAGUGAAGCUGUACCCACAACAACCACAUUGGCUAUGGCAACAACCACACCUGCUACCACAUCAACAGAUGUGGCUACGACAACUACAGCUGUGACUACAACAACAACAGCUGCACCGAUAACAGCCACAGCUGCUCCCACAACAAACAUAGUGGCUGCAAUGACAACAGCUGCGGCAACAACAAGUGAAGCCGUACCCACAACAACCACAACAGCUCCUACAACAACGACAGCUUUACCAACGGCUAAUACUGGUGCAACGACAACAACCACAGCUGCUCCCACAACAACCACAGCUGCUGCCACAACAACCACAGCUGCUGCCACAACAACCACAGCGGCACCCACAACAACCACAGCUGCACCCACAACAACCAGAGCAGCACCAACAACAGCUAAAGCUGUGAUGGCAAUAACAACUAUAUCUGAAUCUUCAACAACCACAGCUGAUUCCACAACAACCACAGCUGCUCCCACAACAAACCCAACUGUGCCCAAAUCAACCACGGCUCCUCCAACAAUAACUGUAGCUGCUCCCACAACAACCACAGAUGUACCAAUGACAAAUAAAGCAGGGGCAACAAUCACAGCCGUCCUCACAACAACCACAUCUGCUGCCACAUCAACAGAUGUGACUACAAUAAAUACAGAUGUCCCCACAACAAUCCCAGUUGCCGCAAAAACAACCACAGCUUUCCCGAUAACAACCACAUCUGCUGCUACGACAACAACAGCUUCGGCUUCUACAACCACAGCCAUCCUCACAUCAAACACAGAUUCACCCACAACAACAAACACAGUUGCAGCUACGACAACUACAACUCUGCAUACAACAACCACAGCUGCACCCACAACAACAACAGCUGUCCACACAACAAACAUAGCUGCUAUGACAACUGCUGCGGCAACAACAAAUGGAGCCGUGCCAAUAACAACCACAACUGCUCCUACAACAACGACAGCUUUACCAACGGCUAAUAAUGCUGCAGCGACAACAACCACAGCUGCUCCCACAACAACCACAGCUGCUCCCACAACAACCAAAGAUUUAACAACGGCAACUACAGCUGGGGCAACAAUCACAGCCACCCUCACAACAACCCCAGCUGCUACCACAUCAACGGCUGGUGCUACAACAACUUCAGCAGUCCCCACAACAAUCCCAGCUGCCACAGAAACAACCACAGAUUCCCCCAUAGCAACCACAUCUGCUGCUAUGACAACAACAUCUGCUGUUAUGACAACCACAACCGCCCCCACAACAACUGCAGAUGCUCCCACAACUACAGCUGACACAACAACCACAUCAGCACCCACAAAAACAAAUAAAGUUGCGGAUACGACAACUACAGCUAUGUCUACAGCAAGAACAGCUGCAUCCAUAACAGCCACAGCUGCUAUGACAACAGCUGCUCCUACAACAACAACAGCUUUACCAACGGCUAAUACUUCUGCAACGACAACAACCAUAGCUGCUCCCACAACAACCACAGCUGCUCCCACAAUAACCACAGAGGCACCAACAACAUCUAAAGCAACCACAGCUGCUACAGCAGCUCCCACAUCCACAUCUGCUGCUACAUCAUCAACAGCUGCGGCUCCAACAAAAACAGCCAACCCCACAACAACCAUAGCUGCACCCACAAAAACAAAUGCAGCUGCGGCUACGACAACUACAGCUAUGACUACAGCAACCAAAGCUGCAUCCACAACAACCACAGCUGCUCCCACAACAAUCAUAACUGCUAUGACAACAGCUGCUCCUACAGCAACGACAGCUUUAACAACUACUAAUACUGAUGCGACGACAACAACCGCAACCGUCCCCCCAACAAAAACAGCUGCUCAAACAACAACCACAGUUUCUCUAACAAACACCACAGCUGCUACCAGAACUACCACAGAGGCACCAACGGCAACUACUUCUGGAGCAACAAUCACAGACAUCCCCACAACAACCACAGCUGAUUCCAUAACAACCACAGCUGCUCCCACAACAAACACUACUGUGCCCAAAUCUACCACAGCUCCUCCAACAAUAACCACAGCUGCUCCCACAACAACCACAGAUGUAUCAUCAACAACUAAAGCAGGGGCAACAAUCACAGCAGCUCCAACAAUAACAACAGAGUCACCAACAACAUCUAAAGCAGAUGCUACAACAACCACAGAUGCUACAGCAGCCCCCACAACCACAUCUGCUGCUACAUCAACAACAGCUGCGGCUCCAACAACAACAGCCAUCCCCACAACAACCACAGCCGCACCCACAAAAACAAAUACAGCUGCGGCUUCGACAACUACAGCUAUGUCUACAGCAACCACAGCUGCACGAACAACAACCACAGCUGCUCCCACAACAAUCAUAGCUGAUAUGACAACAGCUGUUCCUACAACAACGACAGCUUUACCAACGACUAAUACUUCUGCGACGACAACAACCACAGCUGCUCCCACAACAACCACAGCUGCACCCACAAUAACCACAGAGGCACCAACAACAUCUAAAGCAGGGUCUACAACAACCACAGCUGCUACAGCAGCUCCCACAACCACAUCUGCCACUACAUCAACAACAGCAGCGGCUCUAACAACCACAGCCAUCCCCACAACAACCACAGCUGCACCCACAAAAACAAAUACAGCAACCACAGCUGCAACCACAACAACCAGAGCUUCUCCCACAACGAUCAUAGCUGCUUUGACAACAGCUGUUCCUACAAGAACGACAACUUUACCAACUACUAAUACUGAUGCGACGACAACAACCACAGCUGCUCCCACAACAACCACAGCUUCACCCACAACAACCACAACUGCUCCCACAAUAACCACAGAUGCACCAACAACAACUAAGGCUGGAGCAACAACCACAACCGUCCCCUCAACAACCACAGCUGCUCAAACAACAAACACAGCUUCUCUAACAAACAUCACAUCUGCUACCACAACAACCACAGAGGCACCAAUGGCAACUACUGCUGGAGCAACAAUCACAGACGUCCCCACAACAACCACAGCUGAAUUAACAACAUCCACAGCUGCUCCCACAACAACCAUAGCUGCUGCUAUGACAACAGCUGCGGCAACAACAACGGAAGCCGUACCCACAAUAACCACAACUGAGCCUACAACAACAUCAGCUUUACCAACGACUAAUACUGCUGAGACGACAACAACCACAGCUUCACCUACAACAACCACAUUGGCUAGGGCAACAACCACACAUGCUGCCACAUCAACAGCUGCGGCUACGACAACUGCAGUUGUGACUACAACAACAGCAGCACCCAUAACAUCCACUGUGCCCAAAUCAAAUACAGGUCCUCUGACAAUAACCACAGCUGCUCCCACAACAACCAAAUAUUUAACAAUGACAACUUCAGCUGGGGCAACAAUAACAGCCAUCCUCACAACAACCACAGCUGCACCCACAACAAAUAAAGCUGCGAUUGCAACAACAACUACAGCUGCACCUUCAAUAAGCACAGCUGCUCCCACAACAACCAUAGCUGCACCCACAACAACGACAGCUGCUCCCACAACAACAGCUGACACCACAACAACCACAUCAGCACCAACGACAUCUAAAGCAGAGGCUACAGCAACCACAGCUGUCCCCACAACAAUUACAGCUACUACAGCAGCUCACACAACCACAUCUGCUUCUACAUUAACAACAGCUACGGCUACAACAACCACAGCCAUCCACACAACAACCACAGCUGCACCCACAACAACCACAGCUGCUCCAGCUCUGGCAACAACCACAGCCAUCCUCACAACUGAAGCAGCUGAAAUAACAACGUCCACCGUUGCUUCUACGACAACCACAGUUGCCCCCAAAGCAACCAGAGAAGCAACAACUACCGUUGCAGCUGAAACAACAACUACAGCUACUCAUAUAACAACAAAAGCUGAUCCCAAAACAACCACAGUUACAACCACAACAACAACAAAUUCAGCUGUGGCUACGACAACUGCUGCUUCACCAACAACAAUCACAGCUGCUCCCGCAACAACCAUAGCUGCUGCUAUGACAACAGCUACGACAACAACAACCGAAGCCAUGCCCAAAACAACCACAACUGCUCCUACAACAACGACAGCUUUACCAACGACUAAUACUACUGCCACGACAACAACCAUAGCUGCUCCCACAACAACAACAGUUGCACCAACAACAGCCAAAGCUGCUCAAGCAGCACCAACAACCACCGCUGCUGCCACAUCAACAGCUGAGGCUACAACUACAACAGCCGUACCCACAACAACCCCAGCUGCUGCCAUAACAAUCACAGCUUCUCCCACAACAACAACCUCUGCCGCUAUGUCAAAAACAGCUGCAACUACAACAACCAAAGCUGAUACCACAACAACCACAGCUGCCCCCACAACAACCAUAGCUCCUCCAACAACAACCACAGCUGCUCCCAUGAAAUCCACAUUGGCACCAACGACAACUUCAGCUGGGCAAACAUCCACAGCCGUCCCCACAACAACCACAGAUGAAUUUACCACAUCCACAGCUGCUGCUACAACAACCACAGCUGAAUUAACAACACCCACAGUUACUGCUACGAAAACCACAGCUGCCCCCACAACAACCACAAUAGCAUCAACAACAACUACCAUUGCAGCGGAAAUGAUAACUACAGCUACACAUACAACAACAAAAGCUGAUCCCAAAACAACCACAGUUGCAACCACAACAACAAAACAUUCAGCUGUGGCUACGACAACUGCUGCUGUGUCUACAACAACCACAGCUGCACCAACAACAAUCACAGCUGCUCCCGCAACAACCACAGCUGCUGCUAUGACAACAGCUACGACAACAACAACCGAAGCCAUGCCCAAAACAAUCACAGCUGCUCCCACAACAACCACAGCUGCACCAACAACACCCAAAGCUGCUCAAGCAGCAGCAACAACCACUGUUGCUGCUACACCAACAGCUGCGGCUACAACUCCAACAGCCGUACCCACAACAAUCCCAGCUGCCGCCACAACAACCACAGCUUCUUCCACAACAAUCACCUCUGCUGCUAUGUCAACAACAGCUGCAACUACAACAACCAAAGCUGAUACCACAACAACCACAGCUGCCCCCACAACAACCACAGCUCCUCCAACAACAACCAUAGCUGCUCCCAUGAAAUCCACAGUGGCAGCUGGGCAAACAUCCACAGCCGUCCCAACAACAACCACAGAUGAAUUUACAACAUCCACAGCUGCUGCUACAAAUAUCACAGCUGAAUUAACAACAUCCACAGUUGCUGCUACAAAAACCGCAGCGGCCCCCACAGCAACAACAAUUACAGCUGCAUCUACAACAACCACAGCUGAUCCCAAAACAACCACAGCUGUUCCCACAACAACCACAGAUGCACCAAUGACACAUACAGCUGGGCAAAAAACCACAUCUGUCCCCACAACAAACACAUCUGAAUUUACAACAUCCACAGCUGCUGCUACGACAACCACAACUGCACCCUCAACAACCACACCUGCUCCGACAACAUCCAUAGCAGUCCCCACAACAACCACAGCUGUCCCUACAACAACUACAGCUGCUACGAAAACAAACACAGGUUUUUUCACAACAACCAAAGCAGCACCACAAACAACCACAGCUGCUAAUACGACAACAAUAGCUGCGGCUACAACAACCACAGCCGUCCCCACUACAAUCACAGCUGCUCCCACAACAACCAAAGUUGCACCAACGACAACCACAGCCGUGACGACGACAACAGCUUCAUCCACAACAACCACAUUUGCUCCCAUAACAACCACUGCUGCUCACAAAACAGCCAUAUCAGCAGCAACAACAAUUACAGCUGCUGCUAGUCACACAACAACCACAGCUGCACCCGCAAUAACCCCAGUUGCUCCCACAACAACCAGAUCAGCACCAAUAACAACUACGUCUGGGGCAAAAUCAACUCACACAACCACAGCUACUCCCACAACAACCACAGCUUAUCCCACAACAACCACCUCUGCUGCUAUGUCAACAACAGCUGCAACUACAACAACCAAAGCUGAUACCACAACAACCACAGCUGCCCCCAAAACAACCACAGCUCCUCCAACAACAACCACAGCUGCACCCAUGAAAUCCACAGUGACACCAAUGACAACUACAGCUGAGAAAACAUCCACAGCCGUCCCCAAAACAACCACAGAUGAAUUUACAACAUCCACAGCUGCUGCUACAACAAUCACAGCUGAAUUAACAACAUCCACAGUUGCUGCUACAAAAACCGCAGCUGCCCCCACAAAAACAACACCAGCACCAACAACAACUACCGUUGCAGCGGCAACAACAAUUACAGCUGCAUCUACAUCAACCACAGCUGCUGCUACAACAACAACAACUGCGUCUACAACAACCACAGCCGUCCCCACUACCACCACAGCUGCUGCCAUAACAAGCACAGCUGCACCAACGACAACCACAGCCGUGACGAUGAAAACAACAGCUUCAUCCACAACAACCACAUUUGCUCCCAUAACAACCACUGCUACUCCCAAAACAGCCAAAGCAGCAACAAAAAUUACAGCUGCGGCUACAACAACCACAGGUUCACCAAUGACAACUACCGUUGCAGCGGCAACAAUAACUACAGCUGCAUCUACAACAACCACAGCUGAUCCCAAAACAACCACAGCUGCUCCCACAACAACCACAGACGCACCAAUGACACCUACAGCUGGGCCAAAAACCACAGCUGUCCCCACAACAACCACCGCUGAAUUGACAACAUCCACAGCUGCUGCUACGACAACCACAACUGCACCCACAACAACCACAUCUGCUCUGACAACACACAUAGCAGUCCCAACAACAACCAAAGCAGCACCACCAACAACCACAGCUGCUGCUACGACAACAACAGCUGCGGCUACAACAACCACAGCCGUCCACACUACAACCACAGCUGCUGCCACAACAACCACAGCUGCACCAACAACAACCAUAGCCGUGAUGACGACAACAACAGCUUCAUCCACAAAAACCACAUUUUCUCCCAUAACAACCACUGCUGCUCCCAAAACAGCCACAUCAGCAGCAACAACAAUUACAGCUGCGGCUACAACAACCACGGGUGCACCCACAACAACCACUGCUGCACCAACGACAACUACAGCUGCUCCGAAAACAACCACAGCUGCUCCCACAACAACCACCUCUGGUCACACAACAACCACAGCUGCACCCUCAACAACCACAGCUGCUCCCACAACAACCACAGCUGCUCCCACAACAAUGACAGCAAAUUCCACAAUACCAAUAUCAGCACCAAUGACAUCUACAGCUGGGGCAACAACACAAGUCUCCACUCUUCCUACAAGAAACACAGCAGCACCAACGACAAUAACAUUUGUGGCGAUCACAACUACAGCUGCACCAAAAACAACCACAGCUGCUCCCACAACUGCCAAAGCUGCACCCACAACAGUCACAUCUGCUCCCCCAACAACCACAGACUCACCCACUACAAUCACAGCCGCUGGUACGAAAACCACAGCUGUGGCUACACAAACCACAGCCGUCCCCACAAUGAACACAGCUGUUCCCACAACAACCACAGAUACACCCACAACAACCCCAGCUGCACCAACGACAACUACAGCAGGGGCGAAAACAACUACAGCUGCACCCAAAAUAACCACUGCUGGUCACAUAACAACCACAGCUACACCCACAACAACCACAGUUGCUUCCACAACAACCACACCUUCUGCUACAUCAACAAUAGCUGGUGUUCAAACAACUACAGCUGCCCCGACAACAACCACAGUUGCAUUAACAACAUCCACAGCAUCCACCACAACAACCACAGCAACACCAAUGAAAAUCACAGCUGCUGCUACAACAACAACAGCUGUUACUUCAAAAACCACAGCCGUCCCUACAAUAACCACAGCUGCUCCUGUAACAACCACUGCUGCUCCCACAACAACCAAAGCUGCUCCCACAACAACCGAAGCUCCUCCCACAACAAUCACAGCAGCACCAACAACAAAAACUGCUGUGGCAAUAACAACUACACCUGCAGCCACAACAACCACAGCUGCUCCCAUAUCAACUACUGCUAGUCCUGCAACAGCCACUGCUGCUUCUACGACAACUACAUCUGUGACUACGACAAUCACAGCCGCCCCCAAAACAACCACAGCUUAUCCCACAAUAACCACAUCAGCACCAAUGACGACCACAGCUCCUGUUACCACAACAGUUCCUCCCCCGACAACAGCGGCUCCCAUAACAACCACAUAUUCCCUCACAACAACCACAUUUGCUCCUACAUCAAACACAUCUGCUCCCAGAACAACUGCAGCUUCACCCAUAUCAACCACAGCUGGUCCCACAACAACCACAGCUGCUGCUACGACAAAAACCGCUGUGGUUACAACAACCACAAUAGCACCAACAACAAUUACAUCUGCGGCUACAACAACCACAGCUGCACCCACAACAACCAAAGUAGCCCCAAUGACAACCACAGCUGCUGCUAUGACAAAAACAGCUGUGGCUACAACAAGCACAGCCGUAUCCCCAACAACCACAGCUGCUCCCACGACAACCACAGCCACUCCCACAACAACCACAUCAGCACCAACAACAAUUACAGCUGCGGCUACAACAACCACAGGUGCACCCACCAAAACCACAGCUGCACCAUCUACAACUACAGUUGCGGCGAAAACAACUACAGCUGCACCCACGACAAAAACAGCUGGGGAUACAACAACCACAGCCAUUCACACAACAACCACAGCUGCUCCCACAACAACCACAACUGCACACACAACCACCACAGCUGCACCCACAACCACCACAGCUGCACCCACAACCACCACAGCUGCACCCACAACAGCCACAGCUGCACCCACAACCACCACAGCUGCUUCUACAUUAACAAAACCUGUGGUUCUAACAACCACAGCCAUCCCAACAACAAUGACUGUUGCAUUAACAACAUCCACCACAACAAUUAAAGCAGCCCCAAUGACAACCACAGCUGCUGCUACGCAAACAUUUUUUGUGGCUACAACAAGCACAGCUGUACCCACAACAACCACAGCUGCUCCCACAACAACUGCAGCUGCUCCCACAACAACCACAGCAGCACCAACAACAAUUACAUCUGCGGCUACAAAAACGAAAACUGCACCCACAACAACCACAUCUGCUCCCGCUACAGCCACUGCUUCUCCCACAAUAAAUACACCUGCUCCCACACCAACCACAGUGGUGACAACGAAAACACCUGCGUCACCCACAACAACCACAGCUGCUUCCAAAACAACCACAGCUGCUUCCACAACAACCACAAGUGCUCCCACAACAACCACAGCUGCUCCCACAACAAAUACAGCUGCUCCCACACCAACCACAGCUGCUCCCAAAACAACCACAGUUUCUGCCACAACAAUAACAGCUGCUGAUAUAUCAACAAAAGCUGCCCCCACAACAGCCAGUGCUGCUCCCACAAAAACCACAGCAGCACCAACGACAACUACAGCUGUGGCAACAACAACC